AUGAGCACGUCGUGCCCUGAUUGCUGGAGCCAGCUUGGUGGCAGUUGGCACGGCAGGCUGCUCAGGCCUGAGGAUGACGACCACGACGGGACUGACUGUGAAGCUGGAGACUUGAGCAAAGCCCCCAUCACGCUGCUCAUCUGCCUCUGUGGGCUGGUGGGCAACGGGGCUGUCCUCUGGUUCCUCAGCUCCCACCUCCGCAGGAGCCCCAUCACCAUCUAUGUCUUCAGCCUGGCUGUGGCCAACUCCACCUUCCUCCUCUCUGUUGCCAUCGCUCUUGUGACCUUCUACAGCCCAGGGAGCCUUUGUGACACGCGGAGCUCACGGGAUGUGAUGACUCUGUUGAACAUCAACAUCCUCCUCACCUUCACCGCUGGUGUCUACCUCCUGGCAGCCUUCAGUGCUGUGACAUCCCUGUCUGUCCUUCUCCGGGCCCACUACUCCUGCCACCACUCCUGCCACCACUCCUGGAGCUUCCCAGUGCUCAUCUGUGCCUUGCUCUGGGUCCUCUCCUUCCUCCUCACCAUCACCCUCUACUUCUGCCCUGCACUGCUCAUUGUCUUUGUCCUGAGCUACUUUGUCUCAGUGCUUACACUAAUUCUUUCUGGUCUAACCCUGCUUUCCAGGAUCUUGUGCUGUUCCUGGCAAUACCCCCCAAGGAUGCUCUGCUUCGUGGUCCUGCUGAUUGUCUUCUCCUUCCCCUUCUUCACUGCUGAUUUUGGUUACUGGCUCCUUCUACGGCUGUUUGAUUUCUCUGUCUUUGUCUUUGACCCUUCUCUUCUACUUGCCUGCGUGAACAGCAGCAUCAGCCCUCUCAUUUACUUCUUGGCUGGCAGCUUCAGGAAGAAGUUCACACUCUCUGUUGGAGCUGCUUUCCAGAGGACUUUUGAGGAUGUAACAGAGCAGCCAAAUAGAGGUGAAACUCCUGCAGAAAACAUGGUGGCAACAGCUCUUUAA